GGCCAAUGUGACUGAAAGUCGUGGCAUUUUUGUUUGGAUUCUCAACUUUCAGACCUCGUAAGUGUGCAUUAUUGAUGGGACUUGGAAUCACGCCCCCAACUCGCAAGCUGCCACUGAUUGAUCAACAGGUUUUUGUUCGUUGUUUACUUAUUAUAAAAUCAACAGCACGUAGGUGGCUGUUUGCAGUCACAGUUUGUUGACUCGGCGGCAGCAAUUGCAUUGCAUGUGAUUGGCUAGCCGCUGCUGCAAGUUCUGUACAAGAAGUAGAAGCCAACUUCACUUUUGUCUCUCAAAAUUACUUUUUACUCUUGAAAACCAUUUGCAAAUUGCAAUGCAAGUGCAACUUAGGCCUUGUUUGGAGGUUGAAGCCUCUGAUUCUAAACAUUGUAUUAUGAGUAUAUGUGUAUUUAUGAAGAAUACAACAUUUUUUUACUUGUUUUCAUCACAUAAUACAUGAUAUAUUCAUACUACAUAGAAAUGAUGUAUACUUAAUCACACUUUUUUGGUAAGAUUUAGUAUCCAUAGUUUAUUCAUGUAAUAAUCCAUGCAUCCUUCUCUGUUUUCCAAACAAAACAUCUUUAAACCCACACAUUCUUAGUAUACACAGAAUCUUAAUACACACAUUCUUGGUGUAUCUUAAUACACUAUUACCGAAAUCAAAGGCUCCAAACGACCCCUUACCAUAAGAGAACUUCCCCAUAUUAUCAAAGUUAUAAAAAUACACCCGUUUGGACAGUUUCACUGCAAUGUGUAGCGAUCUAGAUACCAAUUCAUGGGAAAUCGAAGUGAACCAUUCAAAACACGAUCAGCUAAGCAAACUGAUCUCGAACCUGCCUGGAUUAAGGUAAACCAAAGCAAUCUAUCCACAGAUCGCUCGAAACUCCAACGAUCUACACUUAACAUAUGUCGAAAUUUCAACAGGCAAUAACUUUGCAUUUAGUUAGCUUAUUGUAGUUUAUUAUUAUUAUUAUUUUAUUUUGCACCAUUUCAACAGAUCGUAACUCUGCGUUUGAUUAUCAUAUUGAAUAUUUCUCAAUAAUUCGGAUUAUUUAUGCCAAAUUCUUCACAGAACUAGUUAUGCUCAUUUGACUCCCACUCUCAAACAAUCCUUCGCACAAGUGGAGGAUUCAAUUCAUCGUGACAUUACUACAGAAAACCAAAGAUUAAAACAAAAAUCACUAGAUCAGAGGCAGAGGCACCCCACCAGUCACCACCCAAGCCACUAAGCUAGCCACCAUUUUUCUUGAUUUGCCAUGAAACCCAUCUCCCCCACCACAUCACACCACCAUCCUUCCUUUCUAGCUUCUUUUUGUUCCCAUAUACAUCUCUUUUUUUUUUUUUUUUUUUGUUUAUUUAAUUUCCCCAAUCAAGUUGUUGUCUUCAUAUAUGGGAUGGUGAUUGAACUCCUGCCAGUAAAAGACAUUCAUACAUAUGCACACACAGACACAGCCAAUCACCCUGUUAGCUAUUCCUCCUGGAAAGUGAUAUCACCAGGAUCCAGCUCUGCUCUGAUCUGCCCUCCCCCUGUUUCUUACAUUACUUUCUGAAAAAAGUAAUUUCGGGUUACUAGUUUUGUUUGGAGGUGGGUUGUUUUAUAAUUUAAAGGGGAUUGUAUACUGUGUUAAUUCUCAAGGGUCCAUUGAAAGCAAAAGCCAGCACAAAUAGACAGAAACCCCUCUCCCUCCGCCAUCAUAAUAUAAUCCCAAGAGCAGAGGAGACUAGCAAAACAGAGCAGAGCAGAUCUCUCUCUCUUUCUCUCUGAACCCCUUUAAACCCAGGUCAGGGAUCGAUACUCUGUUAUUCUAGAAUUCCUUUUCUGCUCUUCAAACCCGUCGCUUUCUUCGUUACUUUUCUCAUCUCUUUCUGUUAUGCGCUGAAUUGAAUAUACCACCAUGUUGCAGAUAUCUCGAAUUGGGGGGGAAUUCCGAAUUCCAGGCCCAAAGUUCGAUUCUUUUUAUCGAACCCCUGAAAGAUUGGUGCUUCCUGAUCCAACCCAAGGUAGAUUCCUGCUACCUACCCAAUUCCCCGCCUCUGUUUUCCAGUGUUGACGCUGACGCGCGUAGUUGGUUCAGGAAAUUCGUCGAAUGGGUGGUAGGCAUGACUCGGAUUGGCAAGGGAACGGGGUUUGGAGAUCUCUGAGCGACGGCGAUUACUACGAGCAAGAUGUUUGGGAUGUGCUGCGACACAACAGCAAAACCAACUCCAUUCAGCAGCACUCUGCUCCGCUCCCCUACAGAAACUUCCCCUCCGCCGCCAGAAUGAUCCCCAUUGCCGGCGGCGGCAGCGACAACGACGCCUCGAAGCUGUUGGUACAGCAGUCGGCGCCAGUCAACAUCCCUGACUGGUCCAAGAUCAGCGGCAAAAAUCAGCCCAGUAAGAGCUCCAAGAAGCCAUGGAUGGGCUCCGAUGACGACGACGAUGGAGAGCGCGAGGACGAGGAGGAGGAGGACAAAAUGGACGGUGGUGAUGACAGCCAUAUGGAGCCGCCGCACGAGAUGAUCUCGAGGAGGAUGGCGAGGUCCCAGAUUUCGUCCUUCUCUGUGUUGGAAGGUGUUGGGAGGAAGCUCAAGGGGAGAGAUCUUAGCAAAGUCAGGAACGCCAUUUUGACCAGAACAGGAUCUGCUGUGGCGUCUAAUUUAUGGAAACGUGUGAAGAAGAUUGUAGAUUUGAAGGGGGAUUUUAAUUAGGUUUUAGGAAAUCUAGCUGUUUCUGGUCAGGAUUUCAUCAUCAGGAUUCAGGUGGCUUCUUCUGUCAUUAUUUUUGUUCAAGUUCCUCUGUUUCUUCCGUCAGGAUUUUGAAUGAACGAUUAUACAACCUCAGUUUUUAAUUUAAGAUUGUUGGGAUUGUUCGAUUUGAGAUUGUUUGUUUCUUUUCCUUCUAAUUUUGUUCUCUGAAAAGGUACGUUUUCUACAGAAAAGAAGGGAUAAAAGUGACACUUCCACUAAAAGGUGAGUUUCUUUUCAAUUACCGCAAACACAAUGACCUAUACCGGAAGAUUGUAAUUUACGAUGUAUCAAUUUCGUCAAUAUAUGUAUAGUACAAUGCAUACGUUAAUCGCAGUACAACAAAUUUAAUAAUUGGAGAAACCAACCAACCUAAAGAACCCAAACAACGAGCAAAAGUAAAUCUAAGAUUCAUCCAAUCCAAGGUAUGCAAGUUUUCCCAGUUAAGGAAGAACAUUGAUUAUAAUUUAUACAUGAAGAUGGAAAGUGGAGGAAGAGUGUUGGGAGAAUUCCAGCACGUGUGCCACGUGGUUAUUGAUCAUGAAUGAAUAAAAAAAUAAAAAAGAAAUGACAGCCAAUUUCGGCUUUUCUUCCGCUGCUGGUACAUCUGAACUUUCAUGUACUAAACGUAGAACUUAACAUCGUACUGUGUAGCACAAGUUUUGGGCCACGUUUUUGUUUCUUUUACUGCACCAUAAUAAUUCGUCGGCUGCCCUUCGAGAAGGGGGAAAUGCAGAAGAAAUAAGGAACCGAUGUUUUAAUGUUUUUUACUGGCAGAAUCGUUCUAUUUUUUAACACUAGCUUUUUACCCGGUCCGUUGGCCGGGUAAUAUUUGUAUAAAUUGAUUAUUAAAAAUCUAAUUUUUGGAUUGUUUUGGCAUUUGGAAGUUUGUCAUUUUAUUUAUGUUUGAGUAAUUUUGGAUAUUAUUUUGUAAUUUUGAACAUAUUUGGAUGAGUAUUUUCUCAUUAAGCAAAUACAUAACACAAUUUUGUCAAACCCUAAUCUCCUCUCCCUCUCUUUUAAUCUCGACCGAACUCUCUCUCUUUCUUCACCAUCAUUGUCGUUGGUCACCCUUGGCCGUGACCCUCUUCCCCCUUCGUCCCUCUCUUUCCCUCGUAAAUAUAUAAUUUUCAAUUCCCUAUCGAUCUUAAUCUCAGAACUCUAGACGCAAGACUCCUAGAUCCGAGGUUUCUUACACUGAUAGUCAGACAUGUCCUAUUUUAAUAAAAAAAAAGUUCAAUCCAAAUGUCACUUGACCAAUUUGUUUGAUUUCUUUAGUGUGUGGUGUUCUCAUAAUAGUGUGUACAGAUACAUAAUAAUAAUUGUAUGAAAUAUGACAUUGAUCGUAAGAACAUUAAUAAUAUAACUUCCUUGGAAUAUGAAGCUCGUAAAACCUUACUGAAUAGUAAUUUUCAUAUUGAACUCAACUAAUUUCACAGAACAUGUUUGAAUGUGAUUAGGUGGGUAAAAUUCGUAACUAUAUGUAACUAAAUAAAUUAUUAACUCUUAAUGGAUUUGAAGCUCCCAUUGAAGGUAGAUUAGGCUAGUGGAGUUUUUGGUUGUUGAUGAUCAAAGCUCAUUGUUGUCAUAUUUCCAGAAUCCGUAUCAGGCAUGAAAGUUGCCGUGUUGAAUGUUGAUACAGUGUUAGCAUUCCAAUGAACAUAAGAGUUGAACAUUCCAAUGAACCAACAUGAUGGUAAUCUAAUAAUUGUUGUUCUUGGUACCAACCACAUAAGAGUUAAUUCAUGAUGGAAUUAGUAGCAGUAAAUAAUUGAGCAAGCAUGAA